GUCAAUUUUUGAUAGAGAAUUAUUCGUUGUUUGACUGAAUAAACAUAUUAAACAACUCAUUGUCUACAAUUUGAUUAAAUCUACUUAUACCUUUAUAAAUAGGAUCAAAUAUUAUUGGAAUAAAUUUCUAGAUUGUUAUAGAAAAGGAUUAAGUUGACCAAGAAUUAUGCCUUCGAAUGAUAUGGACAUUUUGUUAACCAAGUUAAAAAUUGCAUCACUAGCUAACCUUGAAGUGGAAAUAACUGACAGUUUCAAUAUAAUAAUGUGAAUAAUAUAAUGUCAUAAAACCUUGGAAACUAGUUAUUCAUAGGAUCAUAUUUAUUCACCAUUGUACCUUCAAUGUAAAUUUCUAAUUACACAUACAUACACACACACAUAGACACGUGAAUGUCUAUUAUGCCUACACGUGAUAAACAAACAACGAAUAAUACAGAUUGUCGUAAAACUGGAUGUUGUUGUGCCUGUACAACAAAAUCAUCUCAGACAAAAGUUAAUGGUAGACGAGAAAUUCAUGAAAUUUCUUCUCCUCUACGUCCGGAACAGUUGUCAUAUGUUCUUAGUCACCGCAGACUGUUUGAUGAAUAUGUUAUGCCGUCAGCCUGGAUUGCACCAUUUUCAAGCAAAACUGACAUUGAUAAAUUUCCAUCUUCUACUAAACCAGAUAGUGUUCAAAUUGACCCAUAUCUACAACGUAUCAGUCCUAGCCUAUUACCAACUGUACCAGUAAAUGUACAAUCUUCCGCACCUGCUUCUAUUUCAGAUGAUCAAGAAGGCGUAAGAAGCAGACAACGUCAACAAUUUCGACAUAAAACUGAUGAUCAGGGCAGGACAUCACUAGUAUGUAGUCUGUCAGCCGAAUUGGCCAGUGUAGGUCGACAUCGAUUUCGACUGAGGUAUAUCACAGACCGUCUGUUAGUGGUCAGUUAUCCUCCAGACGCAACUAAAAGUGAUCAUAAUGAAGGCGCUCGAUGGCUGUGUAAAGCAUUUGAAAAACGCUAUGGUGACAACUACAGGAUCUUCAAUCUGUCAGGUUUCACAAAAGAAUUACACUUUUCAAGCAGAACUCCUGUUAUUGAUCUCUUUUGGGGUGGAUCACUUGCACCUGCUUUGGAACAAUUAGUUACAGCUAUCGAUCAACUUGACUUUUGGCUUCAUAAUCAUGAUAUAACAUCAACAAAUGACAGGAAACAUAUGAAAGAAUCUACUAUAGUCAAUAAUCGUGUAGCUGUUCUACAUUGUACAGGACCAAAAUGUUUACUAGCCACCUAUUUAGCUGUUUACAUAUGUCAAUCGAAGGCUAGAUUUGGUCCAUUGUAUGGACAGAGGCCAGGCUCACCAACAGCACGUGGUCUACAAUGGAACGAAAACAGAUUUCAAAGAUUUAAAAAUGAACUUGUUCUAGGGCAUACAAUUCUGAAAAAGUUUUAUGAAGACAAUUUAGCCAGAGAAUUGAAUCCAUCACAGAAAAGAUACGUUGGAUAUUUUUCUGGUUUACUAACUGGAGCACUGAUAUUACAAGAUCGUCUUGUCUACUUACAUACUAUUGUUUAUCGUGAUUCAUCACGUGGUCGAUAUCUUGGUCAACCACUUGAAGCUAUAGCUGAAAACAAUGAGAAUUCUUUAUAUGCUCAACCAGAAGAUUAUUUGACUAGACUACAAUAUGAUACACAAUACCGAAAUGAUUCUUUACAACAUAACAUGAAUAAUUUAUUAGAACAGGACGAUGAUGAUGAUGAUGAUGAUCAUACAGGUCGAUGGGAUCAAAUAUUUUCAACUCCUAAUGAAUCAAUUAAGCCAACUCUUUUGAUUACAUCAACUGUUAAACAACAACAUACUACUGAUGAUCAAUUAACAUUUGGACCAUUAUCAUCAUUCAAUCAGUUGAAAACAUUUAUUGAUAAUGAAUGUGGUUUGUUCUUAAAAAUAUACCAGAAUUUCAAUCUUAUGCAUACAACAAGAGUUCUUUGCCCCAAUAUUAACUUCAGAGUGGAGAGGUAUAUAUUUCCAAUUGAACCAGUUUUACCUUUACAUGGUGAUGUUCUAAUCGCUUGUUAUAUACAACCAAAUUUUUCUGUACAAUUUCAAGAAUUAUUAUUUCGUGCUCAGUUCCAUACGUGCGCAGUGGAUGCAGAAAAGUUGUGCCUUUUCAAAAAUGACCUAGAUGAAGCAUGUGAAAAAGCGAUAUUUCCAUCUACUGGUUCCGUGGAGUUGUACUUUACAUCACACCGAGAAUUACUCACAGAGCAUAGGGAUAAUAUUGAACGAGGUUGUUAUAUUUGGACAACAGCGGAAAGAGAAUCGAAUCUACUGUCGACACAAAAACAAUUUGACGGUAGGAAAUUUCAACAAGAUGAAUUGGAUAACUCUAAUGAUUUUAAUACAACAACACAGACUUCAAUCAUUCCAAAAUUAUAUCCAUCAUCUGGACAAGCCUUACGUAUACUAAUUACAACACAAGAACAAGUAAUCUCUGUAACUCGUGGAUUAUUUACUGGACGUAUAGGUGAUUCACAAAUUCCAAUGUGGUCGGCUAAUCAUAAUCAAGAAGUACAUGACUCUUCGAAAACUAGUCGUUUAAUGAGACAAACAUCAGAUCCACUAAGUCAUCCAGUGAUUCGUGGUCGUACUUCACAAACUUCUGGUCAAUGGAUGAAUAUUCAAGAUGCUACACAUACUGGCAAUCAGAUACCGUUAUAUCAACAAGCCUUACUUAGUCCACGUGUACAAGUUCCACAAAGUACUACUUUACAAAAGAGUUCAAUACAUCCAGAAUAUCUCAAUAUGCUAGCAGAUUCUCAGCAACAAGCUCAACUUACAGCGAAUCAGUCAGCUGGACAAAUAUCAGUGAAUCGAUCGAAUUUAGUCCAAUUACAAAAUUUAUAUCAACAACUCCUGCAACAACAUCAUCAGCUGUUACAACAACAACAACAGCGUCCGCAGCAACAAACUUUCGACUAUCCAAAUGCUCCACCAACGGAUAGUAACCUUUAUGCGACUGUUCAGCGUCCACCAGCUACUAUCCCCAGUUCAUUGGUUGCAGGAAUACAACGUAUGAUUUUGCAACAGCAGCAGCAGCAACAACAACAACAACAACUCCACAUUCCUCAAACGCAACCGUCAAUACUACCUGGUGUUAUGUAUCCACAGCCUGGACCAUUAACAACACUCAGUCUUCCUGGUUUGUCUUCAUCAUCAGCCUUUACUAAUCUUGCACGAGCUCUUCUUCCUACAUCAGUUGCCUACAAUACAGGAGAUUCACUGAAUGUCCUAUCUGGUGCUCCUCUAUUCACAAGUCCUAGUUUGAUGCCAAGUUCAGGUCUUUUUCCUAGUUUACGACCACCUGUUUUCCCUCAACAGCAGCAACAACAACAAUCAGUAAACUUACUACAAAAUCUUCAUAUUCCACCGGUUGACCAUUCUGGUAUUCCUUCUCAGACUAGAUUAGGUGGUCCUUCCAAUAUCGGGUUGAUUAGUGAUUUAACACCAGGAGAAAUGUUGACUGAUCCAUCCUGGCAAGUUGAUCAACGUCGAAGAAUUGAUCUUCAGAGAACACGUUUCCUUUUGAAUGAACAAGAAAGAAAACUUUUUGAAGAAUUGAAGAAUAUUCGAAAUCGUCGAGCUGGUCUUUCAAGAAUAGAACAACUAGGCCGUUCAGGGAAUAUCACCUCUUCAGGUGUUACACCAUUGGAAAGUUAUCGUCGAGCUACUGGAAGGAUAUCAACAAGUGAAGAUGCACGAACUAGGGCUCGUAAUAGACCUUUGUACGCAAUCGGCAGAUCCGGAUCAGCUGAUGCUGCCAGAGUACCACUUGGAAGUACUAGUUACUAUGGUUAUAGUGAUGCAUACGGAUCUGAUCUUGAUGAAGAUUCAGCUUUACUGGCCAUUUUAGAACAAAGAUUAUCUAGAAGACCAGAAAAUAAACGUAUAUACUCUGAUUCUGAAAUGGGAUUACAAGAAGCAGGUGAUAUUCCACUACGAAUAGUUGGACAGCAACAACGUUCUGGUCAUGUGGUCGAUGGAUCUAGUCAAGCGUUUUCUGGUUCACUGACACCAGCCAGUUUAGCUCUGAAACUGGAUUAUUCUAGUAUACAACCGAAUGAUGUAACCGACUACCCAUUUCAAAAAACUUCUCAUCCAUUCUAUCAUGUGAAAGUUGAUUAUGAAUAUGAUUUACAGUAUGGAGAUAUCAGUCCUUUAUCAGAUGUAGUUGUAUCAUACGGGGAACAAAAUGAAGAAGCAGAUUUAUUUCCCCGACGGCCAAGAAUACAAGUUGUACGUUCGCCUGUUGAAGCGUCUGGUCAACCGCCAACAACUUCAUCUAGGAGUAGAACAUUCUCUGAAUCACCAACAGCUUAUCAUACUCAAGGACCACCGUAUACAAAGCCAAGACAAUCCUAUACCUCUCCUACUAAAAGAUCACAAUUCUGGGGACACUCAAGUUAUGAUGAACAAUGGACAAGACAACCAGUUGCCGAUGGACCAACAAUUGAUCGAUCUUCAUGUACAAGUCCAGUUCAAACACAUUCUGGUCGCCUGCUUCGAUCACCUGUCAGUCCCCCACCUAGAGGAUAUAUUCGACGCCCGUCUGAAAUAUUUGAUACUGGUAGCCAAUCUGAUACAGGGAUUAUAGGUGGUUUUGGCACUCGAGUAUAUCCUGGUACUUCAUAUCCUCACGUUCAUGACCAUACUGUCAGGCGACCGUUUAGGGGAACACGUGGUAAACCUACUGUAAGCACAAAGAGAGGCCCACCUUCACAAAUGUCGGUAUUUCGAAGUCCAGAAGAUAAUAAGCCAUCAAGGCAUAAACAAUCAGUGUCAGGAGGCUUAGAACAUAUCCCGGAUACUGCCUUGGUUGUCCUAAGCAAAUUGUCCACUUCUGUGCAUAUAUGGUAUCGUCCUGAAAUGUCACGUAAUGAUGCAAUGGAUUUAGUUCGAUCUGAAGCGCCUGGAACAUUUGUUGUUCGAAACAGUGGAAGUUUUCCUCAUUCAUUCGGACUUGUAGUCAAAGUGGAUCGACAUCAUACUCAUGGUGCCGGAGAACAAUCGGAUUCGAUACGUCAUUAUUUAAUUGAAGGCUUACAAUCAUCUGUUGGGUUACAACAUGCAAUCGGUGUCUCCGGAGCAAUACUACCCCCUUCAAAUAUUCCUAUGGAUCAUUCAGCGUUAAGUGUUACACAUGAACCUGUAAGACUUCGUGGAUCUUCAAAUGAACCAGUAUUUACAAAUUUAGUUAGCUUAUUAUAUGAGCAUACAAUCCAACCCUUAGCUCUACCAUGCACCUUAAGAUUACCUUUUAAAUCACCUACUCCAACUAGUAGUCUUCCAUCUCUCAUAACUUUAACAAAAACUUUCCAUUCUGAUCGUGUGGAUCGUAUGUCUCCAGUUUCAAUAGUCCCUAAAUAUGCAUCACAAGUUGCUGCUUAUCGUACUGCCCAAGAAAGUCCUCAUGACUUUCAAAGACUGGAACGAUCUCAAGGUGUUUUACUCCGGCAUCCAUCAGACCCACUGCCUGCUGACUCAGGUUCCUAUGAAAUGGAGUCAUACUAUCCAUCAUCACAACAAGCUGGAAUGCCUCCACUACCGCCUAGCAUGCAUCAUUCAGCAAGACAGGAUGGUCUUCUUGUGCCUUCUUCAAAGGCUAAGCAUAGUAGAUCACCACCAGUAGUGUAUGAAGGUGAAAUGGGACCGAUUGGCCCACCUGAUGGCGGAAAAACAUUUACAUCCAUUUAUCUGGGAAGUAUUGAUACCGAAAAUCUAACAGGAUCUUCAGCCAUCCGUAAAGCAGUUGAUGUCCUGCUGGAAAAUGCAUCUCAGGUAAAACAGACAGAAGUCACAAUUCGUGUUUCACAGGAUGGUUUGACGGUUACAGACAAUUGGAGAAAGUUAUUCUUUCGACGAAACUAUCCCUUUCAUUCUGUAUCAUUCUGUGCAAUUGAUCCAUGUCAAAGAUGCUGGGAAUCACCGGAACUCAGAUCAAUGGGUUUCAAAUCUUCACUUAUAUUCGGUUUUGUUGCUCGAAAACAGAAUACACGAGAGAAUAUGUGCCAUGUCCUUUGUGAUACACCAGAAUGUAGUGCAAACAUUAUCACAGAUUAUAUAAUGAAUCGAUUAAAUGAGUAUUAAAUGUGUUCACUGUUAGAUGAUUCUAUAUCAUAUUAAUACGAAUAUUAACAUACAUUUAUGUUUUCAUGUAUAUGCGUGUUGGUAAAAUCUACGUUCUCAAAAAACUAAUAAUCGCCUUCUAUAUGAGGCAUUCCUGGUGUGUAUUUCUUUG